UAUUAUUACGCGUUUGAGCGUGUAAAGUAAACGACACAUUUGGACACAAUACAAAUGGAAAAAGAAUUGGAUAUAUCCGUGAAUUUGUCAUCAUUUUUCUUGAAGAACAUAGGGCUGUGGAUAGCUGACGAUUCCACGAAUGAACGUCGAAGAAAGGGGAUGCUUGCCUAUACGGUUUGGUGCACGUUCUUCUCAACCAUCAUCAGUAGUAGAGAUUUGUACUUCACUUGGAUUUACAAUGGCGUACGAGUGUAUUAUAUUUGUAUGAAACUACCGACAGUUACAGAUAUUCUUUACGCCCUUACUAAUUAUAUGAGUGUAAUGAUGAUCUUGCUCAAAAUAUGCGUCAUAAUGGUGCAUAAAAGUGAAUUUAUUAAUCUGAUCGUGUACAUGCAACAAUAUUUCUGGAAUGUUAAUUAUGAUUCUCGCGAGAAAGAGAUUUUGAACAGUUGCAAAAAAACUUGUGCCUUUUUCGUUUCCUCUGUCACUUUUAUCGGUAUAUGCGCUAUACUAUCGUAUCUAACGACACCAUUCACAGCUCGUAUUGCAAACAAUGAAUCCGAAAGAAUACUUCCAUUUAAUAUGUGGGUGAAUUUGCCACUUUCACAAACGCCUUAUUAUGAAUUAUUGUUUCUUCUCCAGAUAAUAACUUUGUAUUACAUAGGGAUCUGUUACUUUUGCUUCGACAACGUUUUCUGCAUCAUGGCCAUCCAUCUGACCGGCCAAUUUCGCAUACUCAGAUACAGAUUCGCGAAACUGUGCAACAUAGAAUACGAAAAAGACACGGUAUUGGCAAAGCACGUGCACAGAUGUUACGAAAAAUUUAAGGAGUACGUUCGAUACCAUCAGGACCUGAUCAACUUUUACACAAAGCUUGAAAACGUAUACACGAUGAUCAUACUCGGGCAAGUGAUAGUAUUUAGCGUGUUAAUUUGCCUGUUUUGCUAUCAAGUGUUGUUGGCUAACGCUCCUUCAGCAAGACGUUCCAUUUUCGUCUUUCUUUUAAUCGGCGCCAUGUCUUUACUGUUCAUGUUCACCUACAGCUGCGACGGUGUGAUAGAACAAAGUGGCAACGUCGCUAUAGGAGCUUACUCAGCACUGUGGACGAUAAUGCCGAUGGACAAAUUUGGGAAAAUGCUUCGAAAAGAUCUGAUAAUGGUGAUCGAGCGAUCGAGACGCGUUUGUUGUCUGACCGCGAAUGGAUUUUUCCCCGUAUCUUUGGAAACCUAUACUACGAUUCUGAGUACCGCGGUAUCGUACUUCACACUGUUACGAAAUAAUAUAGAAAAUGAUAAGGAUGAUUAAUGACAAUUGACAACCGAUUAUCGAUCAAUCAGUUGAAAUUGUACAUAAGCGAUUCUUAAAAUAAAGAAAGAUAAAAA